AUGACCCGACAAUUUAUGAAUGACUCGAAUGUUCAAAAAACAGUCCAUUGUGACUUUGACGUGGAGCAGGCCCUAGCACUACUGACUGUUGACGAGAAGAUCGCUCUGAUCUCCGGCAAUGACCCUUGGCACACUGCGCCCAUACGCCGCCUUGGUAUUCCUUCAAUUCGUCUAACCGAUGGACCUAAUGGCGUGAGAGGAACCAAGUUUUUCAACGGUGUUCCUGCGGCCUGCUUCCCAUGCGGAACCGGACUUGCGGCUACCUGGGACACCAAACUAGUCCAGAAAGGUGGCCAGUUACAAGGCCAGGAGGCCAUUGCCAAAGGAGCAUCGAUUAUACUGGGACCGACAACCAAUAUGCAACGAUCUCCCUUGGGUGGCAGGGGUUUCGAGUCUUUCAGUGAGGACCCAGUUUUGGCUGGGAACAUGAGUGCUGCAACCAUCGCCGGUAUCCAGUCUACUGGUGUAGCAGCUACCCUAAAGCAUUUUGUUUGCAAUGACCAGGAGCAUGAGCGACAGUCUGUUGAUGCUGUUGUAUCGGAGCAGGCUUUGCGGGAGAUUUAUCUUAUGCCCUUCCAGAUCGCGCAAAGAGACGCAAAGCCCAUGUGUUACAUGACAGCGUACAACAAAGUCAACGCAACACAUGCAAGUGAGAGCAAGCCACUCAUCAAAAGUAUCCUAAGGGAGGAAUGGGGAUUCGAUGGGAUGGUCAUGUCAGAUUGGUUUGGAGUUUAUUCCACUGCUGAGUCAAUUCAAGCUGGCCUUGACUUGGAAAUGCCAGGGCCCUCAUACAUGCGUGGUAAACUAGUGAAGCAAGCUCUGGGAUGUGGUAAAUUACUACCCUUUGAACUUGACCAAUGCGUAAGAGAGGUAUUGAAGGUUGUGAAGAAAUUGCUCCCUCUUGGAAUUUCAGAAAACGCCGAAGAGCUGACUGCGGAUACACCCGAGACAUCAUCGUUGCUUCGUUCUCUGGCUUCAGCAAGUUUGGUGUUGCUCAAGAAUGAUCACGACAUUUUACCGUUCAAGAAGAACAAGACUACAGCUGUUAUCGGCCCAAACGCCAAUUUUGCAGCUUAUUGCGGUGGUGGUUCCGCAGCACUCAAGCCUUAUUAUGCGAUUAGCCCUCUCGAUGGACUGAGGGCACAAGUCCCGGAUAUUCAAUAUGCUUUGGGAGUUCCAGGUUGGAAGAAAAUGCCUCUUCUAUCUCGGCUGACCAAAGCAAGAAACGGCCUGGAAGGGUUUGAUAUGAAGGUCUACCUCGAGCCACCGUCAAAGAAGGAUCGGGAAAUGGUCGACUCACUGUAUGUCAAUACAGCAGACAUUUUCCUUGCAGAUUACAGACACCCUAAAAUCGAGACCAAUCUGUUCUACCUGGAGCUUGAUGGCACAAUCACACCAGAAGAGAAUUCAGAUUAUCAAUUUAGUCUUUCGGUAUCCGGUACCGGCAAAAUCUUUGUUGAUGGCCAGUGUAUUAUCGACAACGAAACCGUGCAGACCCCUGGUGAUAGCUUCUUUGGCUCCGGAACAGUGGAAGAAAUUGGAACCAUCAGAUUGGAUAAGGGCAAGACCUACAGAAUCCAAAUCACUUUCGGUACACUGCCGACCAGAACCUUCAAUGUCGCAGGAGCUACCUCGUUUGGCGCGGGUGGUCUUCGAGCUGGUGGUAUUCAAAAGAUCGAGAUCGAGACCGAAAUCCACAAGGCAGUUGCAUUGGCCAAGAAGGUCGAUCAGGUCAUUCUAUGCGCCGGGUUGAACAGCGACUGGGAAAGCGAGGGAUAUGAUCGGAGUACUAUGGACCUACCACCGGGGACCGACAAGCUCAUCGCUGCGGUGGUAGCGGCAAAUCCCAACACAGCUGUGAUCAUACAGUCCGGAACUCCCGUAACCAUGCCCUGGCUCAAUGAUGUCUCGUCGUUGGUUCACGCCUGGUACGGCGGUAACGAGACUGGGAAUGCAAUUGCGGACGUUGUCUUUGGUGCGGUGAAUCCGAGUGGCAAGCUGCCGCUUAGCUUUCCGCGCCGCAAUGAAGAUAACCCGGCCUUUUUGAACUUCCGAAGUGAAAGAGGUAGUACCAAGUACGGUGAAGGUGUCUAUAUCGGGUACCGCUUCUAUGAGAAAUGCAAGAAGGACGUUGCGUUUCCAUUUGGCCAUGGACUGAGCUACACCACGUUCAAGUUAAGCUCGGUUUCUCUCCAAAAGACCGACGAGGAGAUUUUCAUCACUGUUGAUGUCCAGAACACUGGAAGCGUUGAUGGGGCGGAAGUUGUCCAGGUCUAUGUUUCCCAGCAGAGUCCGAGUAUCAAUCGACCACCCAAGGAACUCAAAGGCUUUGAAAAGGUGUUCCUCCGCCCACACCAGACCGAGACGGUGACUGUCAAGAUCCUCACUAAAUAUGCGACCAGUUUCUGA